UCCUCAAGCCUGCCUUUACGUAUAAACUUUUUAAAAUAAAAUUUGGUUAGAUACUUCUAAUAUUUAUAGCUGGUCCAUGGAGGGUUCGUCCAAACGGUUGAGAAAAGGUGCAUGGAUUGCUGAAGAAGAUAAUCUCUUGAGGCAAUGCAUUGAUAAGUAUGGAGAAGGGAAAUGGCACCAAGUUCCUUUAAGAGCUGGGCUAAAUCGGUGCAGGAAGAGUUGUAGACUAAGAUGGUUGAACUAUUUGAAGCCAAGUAUCAACAGAGGAAAAUUUAACUCUGGUGAAGUUGAUCUUCUGCUCCGCCUUCAUAAACUUUUAGGAAACAGGUGGUCUUUAAUUGCUGGUAGAUUACCCGGUCGGACCGCCAAUGACGUCAAAAAUUACUGGAACACCCAUUUGAGUAAGAAACAUGAACCAGGUUGUAAGACCCAAAUGAAAAAGAGAAACCUUCCUUGUUCUUCUACUACACCAGCCCAAAAAAAUGACGUUUUCAAACCUCGACCUCGAUCCUUCACCGUUAACAACGGCUGCAGCCAUAUCAAUGGCAUGCCAGAAGCUGAAUUUGUUCCUCUAUGUCUUGGAUUCAACGACGCUAAUAAUGUUGGUGAAAACAGUUUUACAUGUAACAAAGACGACGAUAAAUCUGAGCUUGUUAGUAAUUUAGUGGAUGGUCAGAAUAUGUGGUGGGAGAGUUUGCUAGAUGAAAGCCAAGAUCCAGCUGCGCUCUGUCCAGAAGCUACAGCAACAAAAAAAGGCGCAACCUCCGCGUUUGACGUUGAGCAACUUUGGAGCCUGUUGGAUGGAGAGACGAGAACUUGAUUUGUUUCCACUGUUUGUUUGUGCUUGCGUGUGAACUAGUGACUUUUGCAUUUAGUGUAUUGUUUCUAAAAUUAACUUACGUUUGUGACAUAUUCAUAUUUUGCAAAUGAA